UUGUGGCUCGAGCUUCUCGAGGCGCGCUCCUGCUCAUGGGCGCGGCGCAAAGCCCCGCGCCCCCGCACACAGGGCUUCGGGACCCGGGCCCGCCCGCGAUGGGCUGCAGCAGCUCUGCCCACGCGGAGCCGAGCGGUGCAGCGAAGGCGGGCCGCAAGCCGCAGCCGGCCGGCGGGGCGGGCCGCCAGCCGCGGCCGGCCGCGGGGGACGCCGGCGCGGGCAGCGAGGCCACGUUGCCGGAGGAGGAGGAGGAGGGCCAGGAGCCGCAGCCGCGCUACCCGGGGUUCGACAAGUACCCGGACUGCAUGCGCGUCAGCUUCACCUUCGAGGAGCGGGAGCUGCUGGCGGGCAGCCAGGAGCUCGGGCUGCGCUACGCCCGGGCCUGCCAAGAGCUGGGCGAGGCCCUGGGCAUCGAGCCCGCCGUCCUCGCGGAGGCGUACGCGGACCCGACCCUGCGCAGCGCCAGCGGGCAGGAGGUCACGGCUCCGGGGGCUCUGCCGGAGGACGAGUGGCCCGUCACCUUCGAGUUCCCGAAGCAGAGGAGGAAGUACAACCUCCUCUUCGGGCUCGGCGGUUCCGGCAAGACCACGCUGCUGCGCACCCUCGGGAAGCGAUCGGGGCAGCCGCUGGAGGCGACCGCGGAGCCGGGAUGCCGCGUGGAGUCGCUGGCGCUCGACGACUUCACCUGCUUCACGUCCUGGGACGUCACCGGGUUCAAGGAGGCGUCGCGCAAGCUCAUCGAGGGGUACUGCCAGGACGUCCUGAGCGUGUGCUUCGUCGUGGACGCGAGCGACCCCGACCGCAUCGACGAGGCGCGGCGGGCGCUCGCCGAGCUCCUCGGCGAGCCGUCGGCGCUGUCCGGCACGACGCUGCUCGUCUACGCCAACAAGCGGGACGUGGAGGGCGCGGUGCCCGCCGCCGAGAUCGCGGAGAGGCUGAUGCUGUCGAGCUUGCAGAUCGCGAGGUGCUUCGUUCAGUCGUCUUGCGCGGUCUCGGGUGACGGCGUCUUCCAGGGCAUCGCCUGGCUGUCUCGGGCCAUCGGCGGCGCGAGGGCGACGACCGACGACGCGGCGGAGUCCACGUCCAUAUGAUGAGCCCGGACCCCCUCGCGUCGUGAAGUAGAGCACGACGGAAGGCCUAAAGAUCGGCACCAACACCAGUAUCGGCGGUUGCCUCCACCAAGGGACGAUGAUCCGGAUCUCGAUCAUGGUGUUCCUAUCUCGGGCUUCUCAGGUCACUCGCGUCGCGGAGCAUCGCAGGCGACCUCCCGCACCCGGUCCCCCCCCCUCCGAGUUCCUGC